AUGUUUUUUGCUCUAGUAUUACUCUCUACUGCCAUUCCUGCCCUCGCUUGGAAUAAUUCGACGCUGUCCAUUGGUCUUGGUCCAGCGCUUGCAGCCGUUGGUCUUACCACCUUGGCUUCGCAGGCGGGCCGCCUCAACAACACAAGCAUAGGCCAAGGCCUUCUGGCGAGGUUAACUACGGGAAAUUAUACAUUGUUUGCUCCAGAUAACGCAGUAUUUUCUAAUGCCACGAAUACUUCAAGUUUUCCUAGUGACGACAACCUUUUCGCCAACGCGCUAGCGUACCACAUCGUGUCAGGCAGCUUCACCCAUACGAAUGAAACAGGGAAUCAAACAAAUGCCACGCUCGAGGCAGAAAAUUACCCGAAUGUCACUAUCGGGCGUACUUUACUUGACAAUUCUUCUGUGGUUGAGCUUGAAGGAAAUAAAAGUCAGGUACUCGUUUGGAGUGAUAUUAACCACACAGUUCAGAUGUACAACCAACCAAAAAAUGUCUCUGUUCUGAACAGCACGCUCGUCGGAAAUUUUCUUGUGAAUCGAAUAAACGGCGUACUCGUAAUUCCGCCCGAUGUAUCCGACGUUCUCGUUGAGCAAAAUCUCACAUAUCUGGCCAAUUAUUUGAAUUCGACGACCAUUACCUCUUCUAAUGGUACCAACGAAACUAUAACGCAGUUGUUAGACAGCGAUUCGAUAGCAGGUUUUACGUUCUUCGCGCCGGACAAUGCAGCGUUUGACCUUGCACGCUCGUCUUUGAAUACGACAGCAUCAGUCCCUGUCAUGGAGAACCAUAUAGUCAAUGUAUCGACAAUCUACUCACCCUCACUCACGCCAUCAGAAAACUUGACUUCGGUAGGGGGUGAGCCGCUCACAUUCACGACCAAUUCUUCGGGAACGUUUGUACACAGCGGAAACGUAGCAAACGCCAGGAUCAUAAAAAUGGAUAUGCUCUGCAGGAAUGGCGUUCUCCAUAUGCUCGACCGGGUUCUGAUAAACACAGCGACCAACCCCGCAGCUGCCACAUCCGCGCAUGAAGCUGCGACCGCCUCGGCUGAAGUUUCGACGACUGAGACGGGACCGGUCGGUGUUCCUACUACCGCUGGCUUAACCGGUAGCAAAGCG